AUGGCAACUCUCCGAUUUCUUUAUACUAGUUUGUUAAUGGCAGCUUUUGUUUUCGCGGCGGUUUCCGGCUAUUCUCCGGCCGAGAUACAAUCUUGGUGUGGCCAGACGCCGUAUCCGCAGCAGUGUGAAUAUUAUUUGUCUCAGAGUUAUAGAAAUGGCGGACCCAUUAAGGAUAAAUCGGAUUUUCUCAAUGUGGCCGUGGGAUUGGCGCUAGAGCAUGCCAUGCAUGCAAAAGCUAACACGUACUCGUUAGGACCAAAAUGCCGUAACGGACGUGAAAAGGCUGCAUGGGAGGAUUGUUUGGAGCUGUACGAGAAUACGGUUAUGAAAAUCAACGCCGCCGUGGAUCCCAACGUUAAGUGUUCAGCAGCGGACGCGCAAACGUGGCUCAGCACGGCGCUGACCAACCUCGAGACGUGUCGGGGCGGGUUCGCCGAGGUUGGGGUCACCGACAAUGUUCUGACAGCCUUGAUGUCGAACAACGUGUCGGAUUUGAUCAGGAACACUUUAGCCCUUAACAAGGGGUUCACUACUACUACCAAUGAGGCAGCGAGCUACUCGGGUGGGUUCCCCGCUUGGGUUAAGCCCGGUGACCGAAAACUCUUGCAGUCGUCGGCCGCUUCUAAGGCGGAUGUUGUGGUGGCGCAGGAUGGGUCCGGGAACUAUAAGACGGUGACAGAAGCUGUGAAUGCGGCGGCGAAGAGAAGUGGGAGUGGGAGAUAUGUGAUAUAUGUGAAGGCAGGAGUGUACAAGGAAAAUGUGAAUAUUGGUAACAAAGUGAAAAAUGUCAUGUUGGUGGGUGAUGGAAUUGGGAAGACAAUUAUCACCGGCAGCCAAAGCGUUGGAGGCGGCACCACCACCUUCAAAUCAGCCACAGUUGCUGUGGUUGGAGAUGGAUUUAUUGGUCAAGGCAUAACAUUCAGAAACACCGCCGGAGCGGCAAACCACCAGGCCGUGGCACUACGCUCUGGUUCCGAUCUCUCAGUGUUCUACCAAUGCAGCUUCGAGGGCUAUCAAGACACUCUCUACGUCUACUCCGACAGGCAAUUCUACAGAGAAUGCGACAUCUACGGCACCGUCGACUUCAUCUUCGGUAACGCCGCCGUCGUCUUCCAAAACUGCAACAUUUACGCGCGAAACCCACCAAACAAGAUCAACACCAUCACCGCCCAAGGCCGGUCCGACCCCAACCAGAACACCGGAAUAUCAAUCCACAACAGCAAAGUCACGGCGGCCUCCGACUUAAAGGGCUCUAGUGGCUCCGUCAAAACGUACCUAGGACGGCCGUGGAAGCAAUAUUCUCGGACCGUUUUUAUGAAGACAUUUCUCGACGGGGUAAUCGAACCAGCCGGUUGGUAUCCAUGGGAUGGGACUUUUGCUCUAAGUACAUUGUAUUACGGCGAGUACUUGAACACCGGAGCGGGGGCGUCCACGGCUAACAGGGUGAAAUGGGGCGGUUAUCAUGUGAUCACUAGUGCAACGGAGGCCUCAAAGUUCACCGUCGGAAACUUCAUCGCCGGCGGCUCUUGGUUACCCGCCACAAACGUGCCGUUCACUUCUGGCCUUUGAUUUGUUAUUUCUUAUAGUUGGGGUUGAUUUUAUCGAUUAAAUUUAAAGGUAGAAACAUGCUUUGAACAAACAAAGCAUAUAUUUGUGAUUUUCAAUUUUUUAUUUUUGUUGUAUUGUGUUUAAUUGUUAUUCUUUAUUUGUACCCUACAUUUAUUGAAUAAAAAUUUUUAAA